CUCUGAACGCCUUUGCCCUCUGAAUAACCUCUCUGACCAGUCCCAGCGAGUACAUCUGGCCUCCUAGAUGUGUGGAGCUGUCCCUGAAGCUGUAGCCCUUCACCACCAUCUCCACCUCCUUCCUUCUGAGGGAUCCUGAAAUCUCUGUCAUGGAAAAGUACCACGUGUUGGAGAUGAUUGGAGAAGGCUCUUUUGGGAGGGUGUACAAGGGUCGAAGAAAAUACAGUGCUCAGGUGGUGGCCCUGAAGUUCAUUCCAAAAUUGGGACGCUCAGAGAAGGAGCUGAGGAAUCUGCAACGAGAGAUUGAAAUCAUGCGGGGUCUGCGGCAUCCCAACAUUGUGCAUAUGCUUGACAGCUUUGAAACUGACAAAGAGGUAGUGGUAGUGACAGACUAUGCAGAGGGAGAGCUCUUUCAGAUCUUGGAAGAUGAUGGAAAACUUCCAGAAGACCAGGUUCAGGCCAUUGCUGCCCAGCUGGUGUCCGCUCUGUACUAUCUGCACUCCCACCGCAUUCUCCACCGAGACAUGAAGCCUCAGAACAUCCUCCUUGCCAAGGGUGGUGGCAUCAAGCUCUGUGACUUUGGAUUUGCCCGGGCGAUGAGCACCAACACGAUGGUGCUGACAUCCAUCAAAGGCACACCACUUUAUAUGUCUCCGGAGCUGGUGGAAGAGCGACCGUAUGACCACACUGCAGACCUCUGGUCUGUGGGCUGCAUCCUGUAUGAGCUGGCUGUGGGCACCCCUCCCUUCUACACUACGAGCAUCUUUCAGCUGGUCAGCCUCAUUCUCAAGGACCCUGUGCGCUGGCCGACCACCAUGAGUCCUUGCUUCAAGAACUUCCUGCAAGGACUGCUCACCAAGGACCCCAGGCAGCGUCUGUCCUGGCCAGACCUCUUACAUCACCCCUUUAUAGCUGGUCGUGUUACCAUAAUAACUGAACCAGCAGGCCCAGAUUUGGGCACCCCGUUCACCAGUCACCUACCCCCAGAACUUCAGGUCCUAAAGGACCAACAGGCACGUCGAUUGGCCCCCAAGGGCAAUCGUUCUCGAAUCUUGCGACAAGCCUGUAAGCGCAUGGCUGAGGAAGCCAAGCAGAAGAAACACCAGAACACAGGACCUGCCCUUGAGCAAGAGGACAGGACCAGCAAGAUGGCUUCUGGCACAGCCCCUCUGCCCAGACUAAGAGCCACUCCUCAAGAACCAGGCCUCUUGGCUGGGAUCUUGGCCUCAGAAAUGAAGAACAGCUGGGCUGAGUGGGGGGCUGGAGAGGCUCCCCCCGGACCUCGGGAAAACCAGAUCAGCCAAGAUUCUGAACCAGCCCUCCCAGAGCUGAGGCCAGAAGUGGUGGGCCAGCGGAGCAUUGAUGCAGUGGACCUAGAAAAUGAGGAGCCAGACAGUGAUGACGAGUGGCAACACCUGCUGGAGACUGCCGGCCCUGUGCCCAUCCAGCUGAAGGCCCCUCUCACUCUGCUCUGCAAUCCUGACUUCUGCCAGCGCAUCCAGGUCCAGCUGCGUGAGGCUGCAGGGCAGAUCCUGAAAGGCGUGCUGGAGGGGGCUUCCCACAUCCUUCCUGCGCUCCGGGUCCUGAGCAGUCUUCUGUCUAGCUGCAGCGAUUCUGUUCCCUUGUAUUCCUUCUGUCGCGAUGCAGGGCUCCCCGGGCUGCUGCUCAGCCUGCUCAGACAUAGUCAGGAGAGCAGCAAUAUCCAGCAGCAAUGUUGGUAUGGGACCUUCUUACGGGACCUGAUGGCUGUGAUCCAGGCCUACUUUGCCUGUACCUUCAAUCUGGAGAGGAGCCAGACAGGUGACAGCCUGCAGGUGUUUCAGGAGGCUGCCAACCUCUUUCUGGACCUGUUGGGGAAACUUCUGGCCCAACCAGAUGACUCUGAGCAGACUUUAAGGAGGGAGAGCCUUAUGUGCUUUACUGUUCUGUGUGAAGCCAUGGAUGGAAACAGCUGGACCAUCUCCAAAGCCUUUUACUCCAGCCUGCUGACUACGCAGCGGGCUGUGCUGGACGGGCUCCUUCACGGCCUGACCGUUCCUCAGCUCCCUUUCCACACACCGCCAGGAGCCCCCCAAGUGAGCCAGCCACCACGGGAGCAGAGUGAGGACCUGCCUGGAGCCAUGUCCUCUGCACUGGCAGCCAUAUGCACUGCUCCUGUGGGGCUGCCCAGCUGCUGGGACGCCAAGGAGCAGAUCUCUCGGCAUUUGGCGAAUCAGCUCACCGAGGACAACAGCCACCUGAGGCCAUCCCUUAUAUCUGGCUUGCAGCAUCCCGUCCUGUGCUUACACCUUCUCAAGGUUCUCUACUCAUGCUGCCACGUCAGUGAGCGCCUGUGCCAUCUUCUAGGGCAAGAGCCCCUGGCCUUGGAGUCACUGUUGAUGUUGGUCCAGGGCAAGGUAAAGGUAGUAGACUGGGAAGAGUCUACUGAGGUGGCACUCUACCUCCUCUCCCUUCUUGUCCUGCGGCUGCAAGAUCUGCCUUCUGGAAUGGAGAAGCUAGGCAAUGAGACUGCUACUCUCUUUACCCAUUCACACAUCGUCUCUCUCGUGAGUGCAGCAGCCUGCCUGUUGGGUCAACUUGGUCAGCAAGGGGUGACCUUUAACCUCCAGCCUGCGAAGUGGAUUGCUGCAGCCUCACAUGCUCUGUCUGCCCCUGCAGAGGUGCGGCUGACUCCACCAAGUGGCUCUGGAUUCUAUGAUGGCCUCCUCAUCUUGCUGCUGCAGCUCCUCACCCAGCCGGGGAAGGGUAGCCUGAUAAGGGACGUGGCGAACUCGGAAAUGUGGACCGUUCUGUGGCACCGCUUCUCCAUGGCUCUAAGACUCCCCGAGGAGGUGUCUUCACAGGAAGAGCUGUCGCUGUCCAGUCCACAAAGCCCAGAGCCAGACUGGACGCUGAUCUCACCCCAAGGCAUGGCAGCCCUGCUGAGCCUGGCCGUGACCACCUUCACCCAGGAGCCGCAGUUAUGCCUGAGCCACCUGUCUCAACGUGGAAGUAUCCUCAUGUCCACACUGAAACAUCUGCUUUCCCCCAGCUUCCUGCAUCAGCUGGGCCAGGCGCCUCACGGGCCCGAGUUUCUGCCCGUCGUGGUGCUCUCUGUCUGCCAGCUCCUCUGCUUCCCCUUCGCCCUGGAUGUGGAUGCCGACCUCCUUGGGGGUGUGUUGGCUGACUUUGUGGACUCAGAAGUCACGGCUCACCUGCUGCAGGUCUGCUGCCACCAUCUUCCGUUGACGCAAGUUGAGUUGCCUGUCAGCCUCCUCACAUGCCUGGCCCUCAUGGAUUCCACGUCUCUUAACCAGUUUGUGAACACAGUGGCUGCCUCCCCCAGAACCAUCAUCUCCUUCCUCUCAGUUGCCCUCUCGAGUGACCAGCCACUGCUGACCUCCGACAUUCUCUCCCUGCUGGCCCACACAGCCCGGGUACUGUCUCCCAGCCACUCGUCCUUCAUCCAGGAACUCCUGGCCGGCGCUGAUGAAUCCUAUCGGCCCCUGCGCAGCCUCCUGGGCCACCCCGAGAAUUCUGUGCGGGCCCGCAUGUACGGGCUCCUGGGCCACUUGCUGCAACACAGCAUGGCUGUGCGUGGGGCGCUGCAGAGCCAGGCUGGGCUGCUCAGCCUUCUGCUGCGGGGGCUUGGAGACAAGGACCCUGCUGUGCGGCGCGGGGCCAGCUUUGCAGUGGGCAAUGCAGCCUACCAAGCUGGUCCCCUGGGACCUGCCUUGGCAGCUGCAAUACCCGGUAUGACCCAGCUGCUUGGAGAUCCUCAGGCUGGUAUCCGGCGCAAUGCCGCGUCAGCUCUGGGCAACUUGGGCCCCGAGGGGCUGGGGGAGGAGCUGUUACAGUGCCAAGUACCCCAACGGCUCCUAGAGAUGGCGUGCGGAGACCCCCAGCUAAAUGUGAAGGAGGCCGCCCUCAUUGCCCUCCGGAGCCUCCGGCAGGAGCCCUGCAUCCAUCAGGUGCUGGUGUCCCUGGGGGCCAGCGAGCGAUUAGCCGUGCUCUCUCUGGGGAAUCAGCUACUGCCGCCCAGCAGCCCCAGGCCUGCCUCUGCCAAACACUGCAGGAAACUCAUUCAUCUCCUGAGGCCACCCCACAGCACAUGAUCUCAGAUUCCUGCAGUCCAUCCACCCACCUUCGUUGCCCCCUAUUGCCAACCUGUCCCUUUUUCUACUGUUCAAGCCACCAAUUCGACCGAGAGCUAAAGAUACUAAAAAAAGAAGAGAUAAGCUACGAGUCAAAUGAUUUAAGAACCAGAAACUAGAAGAGAUUUAUGUAUAAAGCUCCCUCCUCCCCCCAGAUCCAGGAUGAUUUCAAUCAGUAAACUUUGUUGCUGUUGGUGCCAGA